CCUUAGGCCACAAUAGCAGGAAUCAAGAUGCAGACCAUUCAGACAAUUGAGAUGCAGUUACCUGUCCUUCGAGAGAGUUUCCACUCCUCUCCCUUCAGAGAGAGAGCAAAAGAGCGCAGGAAGAGCAGCCUGUCAAAUCUCAUCAGAAGACAACAGCAACAGUUAUUACGUGAGCAACAGCAGUCAGUAUUACAUCAGAAACAACAGCCAUCCUCGCCCUUACAAGGCCACGCUGCACAUGCUCAGUUGGUCCGCUCCUCCAGCAGCCCAUUAUGUGACCUGGCGGAGCAAAUAGGCGAGCUAGAGAAAGUGAGAGGCAUUGGGAGGCAGGGGGAGCUGUCUCACAGACAGUCCUCAGAUACAGCGUCACAGCCAGCAUCAUCACAGCAGCUGCUGCUGGCGGUGAAGAGAGAGAGAGAGGGAUUACUGAGGGAGGGGGAGAAAGUGCAAGGGAGCACUGAGAGGGAGAGAGAGGAGAAGAGAGAACGAGAAAGUCAAUCUGAGCGCACACGUUCCCAGCAUGGCCUGAUCGCUAAAGGUGUUCGCCUUCUGAGGAUCAUGGGAAACCAGGAGGCAAAACAGAAGAAGCCCACUGUCACGACAGGAGCAGAAGGUGAGGGGAACGGAGCAGGCACUGAGGACCAUGUCAAAAAGAUUAAGAAAAGUAAAUCAUCUGCCGAAUCAGGCAAGAAGAAAUCCAAAUCGGAGGGUUCCAAAGGUUCUGUGUUUUCCAACAUCCGCAUCCGUAAGGGCCUCUCCCGGAAAGUGUUGUCCAAAGAGGAUGUACUGGAUGGUGGGAUUAGGAUUAAGCCUGCUGAUGCAAAUGGCAACAGUAAUGGUGGAAUAUCUGGUGAUGAGAGUUGCAUGCCUGACUCUAAGCAACUCACGGCUGAAAGUAGGCAGUCGACUCUGGACACCACUGAAGAUGAUGUUGAAAGAGAGACUGAGGGAUCGGGGUCAGAUACAGACCUCUGCAGCUAUCAUUCAGCUGCCGAGGCUCAAGAUCUGCUGUCGGACAUCCAGAGAACCAUCAGACAGAUGGAGGGAGUUGAUGAGAGGCAAAACUGUCACUCUGAGGACAAGGAGAGACAAGUCGGGUUCGAAGGCCAUGUUGAAGUCACUCACGGUCCUACAAGAGGUAGUCUUGCUUGUGAGGGUGAACCGGAAAAGUUAGAAGGUGCUUCUGACAGCAAAUAUCUCAAUCUGAUAUGUAGUGGGGAUACAACAGGAGGGGUGAUCACAUCAAAAUUAAAGAUAGAAUCAGAUGGGAAAGUUGCUGAUAUUCCAAAUAAAGCUGACCACUUGUCCAGUUUGUCUAGUGACUACAGUAUUCAGGAUGCUGUACCAGAGACAAAUAGUGUCCAGGAUGCAAGAGCUUUUACUCAUUCAACAAGUAACUACAGUUUUCAGGACAAUACAGGAACAUCCACUUCUUACGAGAGUGCUGAAGAGAUCUUGGAGAGUUCAUCUUUAUCAUCUCCUCUUGAAGAGUGUCAUUAUGAUAGCAAUAGUCUGACUCAGAGCCUUGAAGUUGGUCUGAAUUCGAGCAAUCACAUGUCCAAAAUCAACCGGGUCAUUUUUGUUCCACAGAAGAGCAUUAGUAGUGUAGAGCUGAACGUAGAUGGUGAUGGUCCAGUAGAAGAGGUAGACAGGGGUUUUUCCACCCAACCGAGAAGGAAAAGCAGUGCUGCAUCUAUGACACAGUGGUCCUCAGAGAACUUUUUAGGCUCUGGGUCGCGACCUCGUAGAACCUCCAGUGCAAACCUUGGGGUUAAACCUUAUCCCACAAUACAGACUUCUUAUGUUAAAACAACCACCAGACAGCUCACCUCACCCAUAAUAUCUCCAUUCACUACUCCUUCGCCAAGCCCUAUGUGUCCUCGCAAGGUUGGCUUAGAGUUUGGAACAGGUCAAGGGCCGUACCGAGCCGGAAGCUGGAGAGCACGAAGGCAGCGAUCCUGUAGCAUUGCAGGUCCAGUGGGCUGCCAUGAGGAAUGGUGUGAGGUCAUACAUGAUCAGUCUGAACUUAUAGAGAGUGGCUUCCAGACUGAUAGAUCCAGGCAAACAACAUCCACUUUUCCAGAUGUGUUUUCAGGUAGCUCUCUAUUGGAGAGGUGUUUCUUACAGUGGAGCUCAUCUGAAGAUGACAGCGCUAUGCAGGACAUCGAGAGAUUCUGUUCUCGUAUUCUGGAUCUGGGGAUUUUACAGCCCUUCAGUGACUGCAUCAGGGAGCCAUCCACAGGAAGUGACGUCACAGAUAAGCCCACUUUUAAUAAGGAUCAACUGUACACCUGGGCUCCAAUGGGUCAGCAUGACAUCAGAACACCUGGGCGGUUGCAAAGAAUUUGGCCUCCGACCCUUACUGCUGCACAGGAUGGAUCCACGGGGCAAUCUGGAAGUGUUCUGGAAGGGUCUUCCGUUUCCAUUCAGGAGCUAGAGCAAACAAUUGAAGAGUUACUUGAGAAAAUAUCAGAAAUAGAAAAAGAUAAUCAUGUUGUGGAUGGAAAACUUGGAAGGAAGGAUCGAGAAGUGGCUGGUUUUAAUCAAACCAUCAAACAGACUAAAGUAAACGGACAACGUGUUCUGCAUCAUGUAAAAGCCAUUCAGACCUCGCCUGUUGAGGAAGCCUUCAAAUUUCCAGUGCCUUUAUCACACCAAUCACAGACUCCCAAAUUAAGUGACAGUGCCACUUCACCAAUGGGAUUACCCUAUACCUGUAGCUGCCAAAGAACCACUUCUCAACCACUAUCAACACCACCACCCCCUCAACUCCCUCCUCCCCCACCACUUUCAGGUAUGACUCCACCAAAACCCACAGGUGUGAUCCCACCUCCACCUCCUCUGCCAGGUUUUGUUCCGCCACCUCCAGUUGUUGGCAAAGCUCCACCCCCUCCUCCACUCCCAGGCAUGGUCCCACCUCCUCCACCUCCACUUCCAGGUAUGGCCCCACCUCCUCCACCUCCAUUCCCAGGCAUGACGCCACCCCCUCCUCCCCCUCCUCCUGGCUGUGGACCUCCACCGCCCCCUCUUCCACCUGGAAUUGGACCACCACCACCCUUCAUGGGUAUGGGGCCUCCAGGCAUGGCCCAUGAGUCUGUCCCCCUGAAGGCUGUCAUUGAGCCUCCACGACCAAUGAAACCACUCUACUGGACCCGGAUUCAGCUUCAUGCCAAAAAGGAUGCCAAAAGUGCUUUGGUGUGGGAGAAUGUUCAAGAGCCAUCAGUAGACUUUGACGAAUUUGUGGAAAUGUUUGCCAAAAGUGCAGUCAAGGAAAAGAAGAAACCUAUCUCAGAUACAAUAACCAAAUCGAAGGCCAAACAGGUAGUCAAGCUUCUGAGUAACAAACGUUCUCAAGCGGUGGGGAUUCUGAUGUCCAGUCUUCAUUUAGAUAUGAAAGACAUUCAGAAUGGUGAGCAACUCAACGAUUUGUUCUUAACACUCAUUAUGCCCAUUUGCAGUGUUGUGUGUGUAUGUGUACACACUGGUCUGUUAAGACUUCUUGCAAACAUCAUCUUUUCAUAAAAAGUAAUGGCAAAUUAUUAUUAGUGUCUUUGGAGCAUGUCCAAGAACAGUGAAACAGCUUAUGGGUCAUGGGUGAAAAGGUUUUCAAGCAUCAAAACAGUAAAUGUGUAAUAUACAUUUAAGGUUCUAUUUUAA